AUGCCCCCUCAGGGCGGAAACAAGAGGAAAAGGCCCGAUCGUACAUACUCCGAUGAUCAGCAGAACCUUCGACCCUCACCUCAUCGGCCAGGCAGUCUGAACCUGGCCCAUCAAGGUCCACGCUCGCCCAGCAAUGAUCGUGACUUUCAACAACUGCGCGGUGGUCGAAAUUCAAGACGAUCUAGUCGAGGUGGCCGUGGAGGCAGUUUUGCUGCCAGUCCUGUGACUAGCCCCCGUGAGAACCCUCCCCCUCCAGUCCCGGUAAAUCGCGAUCCUCCUCGACUUAACGGCGAUAUGGAGACGACAUCAACGAUUGAUCACGUGGCCAUUGAACUCUCCGACCCUCCCCCUGCCAUUCAGCCCUUCAAUUAUACUUAUGUCACAGACAAAAUAACUACAGCCUGGCAAACAAGUGGUAAGGAUGAGGUGCUCCGACAGAUUCUAGCUGGGCUACAAGAAGACGAGAGUACAGAAUUGGCAGCCAUUCUACACGAGGUCGUCCAGUCCGUCAUAUAUGGAAGACUCGAUCCACCUGAUGCUGGCCAACUAGUCAAAGAAGUGUUCAAAACCGAGACGACUGAAGAUGAGAUCAGUUCCACUCUCUCCCCAACACAAUCUCAAGCGGCCUUGCUCGACUCAAUAUCCAUCAUCUUCGAGGCAAAUGCAGCGCUACCCAAAGAUCGAUUGUCUGUCUUCCUUCUCACAACCGGAAUCUCUCAUCAGUUGCUGAGACUUGAACUCGACGCUGCCGUGCUUGAAAAGCUCAAUCUUAUCAGAGGCACAUUCAGCCGUCAACUUGUCAGGAAGCAAACCAAUAUCCUGUAUCGUCAAGCAAAUUUCAACUUGAUGCGCGAAGAGUCGGAAGGAUUUGCAAAGCUAAUCACAGAGCUUUUCACUACGAGCAACAAUGAACCACCAAAUGCAGAGGUCGUCGAGGAUACGGUGGAAAAGGUCAAAGCUAUGAUCGGUGCUUUUGAUCUCGAUGUUGGCCGAAGUCUUGAUGUUGUUCUGGACGUCUUCGGCGCGGUUCUUGUCAAGCAAUUCCGCUUUUUUGUCAAGUUCUUAAGAGCCAGUCCUUGGUGGCCGAGACAAAGUACAAUAUCUAAAAAGUCCGCAGCACUGGGAGGACUGCCCCUCUGGGCUCUACCAGGUUCUACCGACUGGCAUCUUACAGAUGAACAGAGCCAAGUCAUUGCGCUUGAAGCUGAAGCUCGAGAUGCCGCAUUUUGGCCCGUUGCAAAAAAGGAGGGAUUGAAGGCUUUCUAUCUUCUCGGGAGAUCACAGGUCUCCCAGGAGCAGAUCGACCGAGCUUCAGAAGCCCCCAAAGAUGAUCUCUGGGCACAGUGGGUUCAACACACCGGCACACUUCCACCUUCUGGAAAUCGAGACGCAGCACAACUACUGGGAUUCAAGCUACGAUUUUACUCCUCAUCUGCCGCGCGAGACGAGUCCGAUGUGCUACCUGAUAAUCUCAUCUACCUCUCGGCAUUGCUCAUCAAAAUUGGCUUCGUUUCUUUGAAGGACCUUUAUCCUCAUAUCUGGAGAACCGAUGAUGAUAUGGAGGAACUCAAACAACAGAAACUCAAGGAAAAAGCCGAGCGAGAGCGAGCCGCGAGGCCAGGUGCGGCUGCCAAAAAUGCUUUGCUCAUGGCAGGUGCACUUUCGGAUGAUACACUACCAAUCCCCAGUCGCCUCAAAGACUCGACAACACGAGCUAGCACACCUGCCAGGGACCCGGAUGCGGAUAAAAUUAACGCGAAAGAAUCCAACGCCCCUUCAGAUCAGAAAGUUCUCCUCUUGAAAAGCCUCCUGGCUAUUGGUGCACUUCCAGAGGCUCUCUUCAUCUUAGGGAAAUUCCCGUGGUUGAUGGAACUUUAUCCUGACCUCCCAGAAUAUAUCCAUCGUCUUCUGCAUCGAUGUUUGAGUAAGGUCUAUGGUGAAGUCAGACCCCUACAAGCACGCAAAUCAUUGAGCGAUUCUGCGCCAAGUUACGAAACCGAUAUUCCGGGCCUGCCAAAGGGUCAGGUCAAGAUAGUCGACAAUGCGGAGAGAAAAGCACUUCGAUGGCCACUGCUCGAUAGAACCGACAGUAAUGAUGGGAAUGAUUAUCGAUUUUACUGGGAUGAGUGGAGCGAUAACGUCCCAAUAUGCCAAAACGUGGAUGACCUCUUUACCCUUGCAGACACUUUACUACCUCUUGUUGGUGUCAAGAUUGGCCAAGAUCCUGGUCUUCUUCUCAAAUUUGCUCGAAUCGGGAGGCAUAGUCUCCACGCAGAUCGGAGCGAUUCCAACCGAUCAAGAUGGCUGGACUUGAGCAAACGCAUCAUCCUCCCUGCUCUGAGUUUGACAAAAAACAAUGCUGGAAUUGUUAACGAAGUCUGGGAGCUUAUCAGCAAUUUCCCUGUCAGCGUUCGCUAUGUCCUCUAUCUUGAAUGGUCAAGUGGUAAAACGUCACGGAACCCGGACAUCAAGGCCGCAUUCGAUCAGGCCAAAGCCGAAACCAAAGACAUCCUCAAGCGGAUUUCUAACACGAAUGUACGACCAAUGGCCCGAGCUUUAGCCAAAAUUGCCUUCGCUAAUCCCCAUAUUGUCAUCACCACCGCUCUCCCACAAAUUGAGGUCUAUGAUAGUAUUGCUGAGGUUUUUGUGGAGGGUGCUCGCUAUUUUACCGAUCUUGGCUAUGACAUCCUUACCUGGGCUGUUGUGAGCUCCAUGGCAAGAACCGGCAGGAAUAGAAUUCAGGAAGGGGGCAUGUUCACCAGCAAGUGGCUCAUUGCACUUUCGCAGUUCGCCGGUAAAAUAUACAAACGCUACGGAAUGAUGCGACCUGGACCCGUACUGCAGUAUGUCGUUGAACAGCUUGAGCAGGGGAAUACCGCAGACCUGAAAAUGCUGGAGCAGGUUGUGGCAUCUAUGGGUGGUAUUACGACGGACACAAGUUACAAUGAUGCCCAAUUGCAAGCCAUGGGAGGUGGACCUCUGCUCCAAGCUCAGACCAUACUGCAAUUACUUGACCGGAGGCAUGAGUCUAAAAAGACCUCGGAAAGAUUGAUGAAAUCUCUGCAAGACACAGGUCUUGCUGCCAAAUUCCUGAUCGCCCUCGCCCAACAACGACAGGCUUGCAUCUUCGAUCAGGGCGAUGUACCAUUGAAAGUAAUGGGCAACACAUAUGAUGAAGUGCAACGAGUUCUGGUUCAAUAUCUGGACCUCCUUCGUUACAAUUUAACUGCCGAAGAAUUUCGUUCAGUUAUUCCAGAAAUCAACAGUCUCCUGAUCGAGUACGAAAUCCGUCCUGAAAUCGCUUUCUGGAUCACUAGACCCAUCAUUGCCAAGCAAAUGCAAGAUUUUGACAGAGAGGCCAAAAUUGAUCAAACUGAUGGAACGAAUGAUGAAAGAGUAGCACAUGGAGACAUUGAGACAUCUGAUCAUAUCAGUGAGAUACCAUCAGAAGAAGACGGUGAAACUGGCGAAGAUGAUGACAUGAAUGAUUCUCCCACAGCUACAAGCACUCCGGGGCCUUCUGAGCUUGAACCAUCAAGCAAAACCCCAGGAGAAGAUCUUGUGAUGGAGGACUGUUGGCAUCCAGUGAUGAAAGAAAUAAUGACUGCGAUUGAAGAUCACCUGCCAGAGGAAGUUUCAGAGAUCAUUGGUGUUGGUUUCUAUACUACCUUUUGGCAACUGGGCCUGUACGAUAUUGCAAUCCCUGGCAAAUCCUACGAUGAAGAGAUACAACGCCAGAGGAAGAAGAUUGCUUCAAUCGCUGCAGACCGGUCAGAUGUCAGUACAUCUGGCACCAAGAAGAAGGAGUUGGCCAAAAAGGAGCUCACGCAACUUGUGGACCAGUUGUUGGCCGAGAACAAGGACCAUCUAAAAGCUUUCAGCGAAAGCAGAGCCAAACUUCAACGAGAGAAAGACCAGUGGUUCUUUGGGAAGGCCAGAAUAUACGAGGCGCUCAAUCUUGCACUCAUGGAACACUGCUUUCUGCCACGCCUUCUCUCUUCGCCACUGGAUGCUUAUUUCUGCUUCAAAUUCGUCAAGUAUCUACACAGCACCGGUACGCCAAACUUUCGAACUCUUGGUUUCUACGAUGUGCUCUUCAGACCGGCAAGAAUCACAUCCUUGAUCUUCAGCUGCACCUCGAAAGAAUCUGACAACCUUGGAAGAUUCAUCAAUGAGAUAUUGAAGGAUGCAAGUCGGUGGCAUCUCAUAAAGCAAACGUACGAACGAGAGGCCUGGGGUAACAAGAAGAAUCUCCCUGGCUUUGCACUAAAAGUGGAAGCAGGUAGACCAGUGCAAUUAUUCACCUAUGAGAGUUUCCGCAAGGUGUUGUUCAAAUGGCAUAGCAGUCUCUAUCUUGCGCUUGUCGACUGUCUUACGUCACCCGAAUACAUGCACGUUCGGAAUGCAAUCUCAGUAUUGCGCACUAUUUCAGUAACAUUUCCCGCGGUCAACUCACAUGGUGUGGGAUUGCAGAAAGCUGUCGACAAACUUGGUCAAUCUGACAAGGAAGAUCUUAAGGUUGCAUCUCAAGCAUUGUUGGGCGCUCUACACAGACGAGAAAAGUCGUGGGUGUCUCCCUUGAAAUUUAAGGAUGGACAUGACCCCAGUGGGGACACCAAUCAGACCGUCGUUCCAUCAAAAGUCGCAGUGGGAAAGGCGGCAGAGUCAUUUGUCAAACCUACCGCCAAAGCUGCUGAGGAUGGAGAAGUCAAGGACACGAUCAUGACCGACAUUCCAACCAAGACACAGACUGGCACUAGCGCCCAGAAAGAGAUAGCAUCAACCACUAAGACGGCGCAAUCUGAAAUCACGAAGGCGGAGUCCACAGCUGAUUCAUCUAGAUCUGAAUCGAGAGCGGCUCCUAGCCAAGGAUCGUCUACGCCCUCUAGGCAGGCUCUUGAAGCUCAAUCUGGUGGAAAACGAGAUUCGCGCCCAGUGCGCUCAGAUCUAUCUAAGCAACCAAACCUACCCAGACGACCUUCACCACCGCCUGUACGGGGCCCUCCUCCAGCUCAUCUUCCUAGUCGACCUGAGGCACCAGACCUGCGGAAUGGCCACAGAGAUAGUCCGCGUAUGCCAGCAAGACAAUUGGGAGAUGUUAGGAACGCCCCUGAAUCUCGUUCACCACAUGUCAGGGACGUGAGAUCUGGCUACAGAGGUCCUGAGGUUGGACCUUACGAUGAAUAUGAUCGUCAUUCUCGCAAAUAUGAUCGAAGCGAAGGGCCACCUUCUAUUGGUCGCGAAGAAAGAGGCUAUCCACCACGUGAGAGAGAGCACGAGAGACCCACACCAUACGAACGACCACGCCAAUCGGACAGAGAAAGGCCUCCAAUGCGGCCUCCUCCGGGAGAGCGUGAACGUGAGCCACGAGAGUUGACCCCUCGGGCACGACCUUUGGCAGGUCAUGAGGCAGCCUCUUCCGAAACCUCUUUACAAAAGAGUAACUCUCAGCGCAAAGAACUGCCAUCUCAGGCAACGGUAGCGCCAUCAAUUAAUCCCGAACGAGCUGCUCUGAUUGAAGGCAAGAAUGAAUUGCGUCCCAAUGCGUCGGCCAGGGUACAGGCACAGGAUCGGCCGUCACGAUCGUCACGUCCUUCAUCUCCUCGACGAGAAGAAGAAAGACGACCAUAUCCACGACGAGAUGGUGAUGACCGGCCCUUGACCGAACGUCGAGCCGAUCUGAUAGCGUCUCGAGCUGCCGGGCCCUCAAAUUCCGGCCCUGUUAGAGACGCUUCACCUCAUGGUCCAAACUCUCGACCAGGCCCUAGAGAGAAUGCAUCCCGGGAUUCGAGAGCACCCAGACAACCUCCCGUCGAUAUGCAGCAUGGACGAUUGGAGCAGGAGCCAGCAUCAAGACCUUCGAAUUCGGGGGCUACAGACCGAGGUCCUGCCUCAGAUGUUCCAUCUGGGCCUCGUACCAGACCACCUCCUGUCAACGGACCAAAGGGUGCUCGUGGUCCACCUAUUGAUACUCAACUUUCUCCUGUUGGACCUAGCGAGAGGCCCACACCCACCGGUCCGUCGGCCAAGAGACAUGGACGAAACAGCUCAUAUAAUAAUGAAGCACCAGCCACGCCAAGUACACCUGACUCAACUGGGGUUCAUCCAUCGCGUCUUAACCAGAUCGAUGCAACGAAUCUUGAAGGUGGUCGAAACAAUCAAACAUCAUCAUCUCUACCUCCUCCAAACCAUGCUCCUGCCGGACCACGAGGUCAACCACCAGCUGGAGCCCCAUCUGGACCAUCACCUUCAACCCGUGGUCCCCCUGCUGGUCCACAAAUGAACGAUUCGGGAGGCGGACGUGGAGGCCGGAAUAAUCGCCACCCUCUAGCAGCCGUCAACAACACAUUGGCUCAAGCUGGUCAGGGCACAUCAAUCCGAGGACGCGGGGGUAGCAAUAUGAGGCAAGGAAGUGGUACAUUUGGCUCUCACAUGCAACCCCCACCGCCUCCACCACCCCCGGGUGGACCUCCUCCACCGAAUGGGUAUCCUCCUCAGCAAGACUUGUUUGCGGCUUCGGCCAAUCCUAAUGAUGUGCCAGUGGGCACCCCGACUACGAAAAUGAACGAGGAUCAGAAAGAAGACCUACUAGGCAUUCAGGCAGGCAAGAGGAUGUUCGUGGAGAUAGAGAGCAUCAGAGCCGACCAGAUGGACGAGAAGGCAAAGACGAACGACAUGGACCUACAGACCCAUCACGACAUAGGGAGAGAUCAAGUCGACGUGAGGACCAUGGUCACAACCAAGAAGGUGAUGAUCGCAGAGGCGGAGGAUAUGCAAGAUCGGGACCGCCCUCAAGGGAGGAACAGCCUUCGAGGAAACACGGAAGAGGAGAAGAACCUGGCCCAUAUGGUCCUGGACCAGGGGCCGAACGGGGUGGAGGCAGCGGUGCUGGCGGAAGGGGUGGCUCUCGAGGAUCGGGAGAUAACAAACGGCCAAGAAGAGGGCCAUGAUAGCUCGACAGGAAUUUCAUGCAUGGGAAGGAAAAUCACAUACCACUAUUCGAAAUGA